AGAGGACGCAACCGCGCAAUCUGAGAUUGCUGCCACGCGCUGGAGACACGCAUCGCCACACACGUAGCGCUCUGGCUACAAACCCCCAACAGCGCAAAGCUCUAGCCUUUGGCCUUGAUCUCCUGCAACCGAUCGCUCCAAUUGUACAGCCCCGGCGCACACCGCUCCCACUUCAAGGAUAUGAGCAUUCCGCAGCGUCUGCAGGGCUCUGGCAAGUGCACCACAGCCACUGCAGACUCGGCAGCUUGCCGCCGCUGCCCGCCGGCGCCACGCCGCGCAACACUUGUGCAGCCACGCUGCCAGCAGCGGCCUGGGGCCCACCAGCCGGUAGACGCUGCCGACGGCGCUGAUCGCUGGCAGCAGCCGCAGCGGCGGCUGGCGGCGGCGCUGGCGGGGGUGGCUGCCACGGCGGCGCUGCUUGUGGGCACUCCUCUAGACGUCGCUAAGGCCAGGCCAGUGCUCACGCAAGACGAAAAGAACACGAUAGCCCUGUUCCAGCGCAGCAGGCCAAGCGUAGUCUACAUCACAAGCCUCACGACCCGGCGGGACGCCUUCACGCUCAACAUGCUGGAGAUUCCGCAGGGAGAGGGCUCAGGGUUUGUGUGGGACAAGCAAGGCCACAUUGUGACCAACUAUCACGUGAUCCGGGGCGCCUCCGAUGUGCUGGUGACGCUAUCAGGCGGCGAGGGGCAGCCUGCCAAGGUGGUGGGCUUCGACGAGGACAAGGAUGUGGCGGUGCUGCAGAUACAGGCUAAAGAGAUGGAGGCAAGCAGGGAGGGAGGGGGAGGGAGGGGCCCACUGACCCCGCUGCGCCUGGGCGACUCGGCAGAUCUGGAGGUGGGGCAGAAGGUCUUUGCCAUCGGCAACCCCUUCGGCCUGGACCACACGCUCACCGCAGGCAGCGGCACGGGGCGGGAAAUCAACUCUGGCAACACGGGGCGCCCCAUCCAGGAUGUGAUCCAAACCGAUGCAGCCAUCAAUCCAGGCCACGGUGGGCCGUUGCUGGACAGCAGUGGCAGCAUGAUUGGCAUCAACACAGCCAUCUAUAGCCAGUCAGGUGCGCGGAACAGCGCGGGCGUGGGCUUUGCCAUCCCUGUGGACGUGGUGAAGAGCAGCAUCAUCAAGUACGGCAAGGUGGUGCGGCCCAUCAUGGGCAUCAGCUUUGCGCCAGACCAGUCGGUGGAGCAGCUGGGGGUGAACGGCGUGCUGGUUCUCAACGCACGGGACGGCGGGCCUGCUGCCAAGGCCGGCGUGCGGGGCUCGACGCGGGAUGAGUACGGCCGGCUGGUGCUGGGCGACAUCAUUCUGGCCAUCGACGGCAAGCGCAUCAACACCGCCUCAGACCUGUACCGCAUCCUGGACAAGUGCUCGGUGGGGGACAAGCUGGAUGUGGAGGUGCUGCGGGCGGAUGCUACCGAGCACCUGACCAUCACGCUGGAGGCAAGCGCCUGA